UGCAGUUCUCGUUCAGUUCCAUUCAGCAUUGGUUGUAACCGUCGCAAUGACAAUCGUGUGGCUGACCUUGCUGGGCCUUUGUCUCAAUCUGAAACUCGGCUCGGCGUUGCAGGUGCCGCAGCACAAUUGCGAGAGGUAUUUCAGCUACUACAAGGAGAACAAUGGAGCCUACAUUGGCGUCUUUACCGCACCACGCGCUGGUGUGAACAGCCUAUCUUGGGAGGUGGUCUUCACAGCUCACGGAACUGACCAGGCAAGCACUGUGAGCUCCCUCAAGCCGUAUCCCGAUAAGGCAACGGCCUUUGAAAAGAUACGCAGCGGAGAACGUGGCGAGGUGUUUGUGCGGUUCCAGGAUUUCGGUAACGAGCUGCCCAAACUUGUACGGGCGGAAUUUAACGACCAGGUUCUGUGCCAAAAUGAUGAAUAUGAUGCCCCUUCGAGCACAAUGACCCGGCGGCAGAGCAUGUCCACCUCAACGAAAAUUAGUGAAGUCCCAAGAGAAAUUGUGUCCCAGUCUCGUCCGGUGAACCAGUGGAGUCCGGUGUUUCAGUCGCGUCCGGUGCCGAACAUACCGGACAGUGUCUCCAAUCCGUUCUUUUCUCAACCCAGGCCCAAAAUAGAGUCCGACUAUGAGGAGUGCGGCGUGGAGGGCUUUGCGCCUCUUCAAAUUGGAGGCGACCUAGUGACGCGGGGUCAGUAUCCCUGGCUAGCGGCCCUUUACGAAGGUGGAUCCACGGCUACUUACAAAUGUGUGGUCACGGUCAUCUCGAAGCGGACUGUGAUCACUGCAGCUCACUGCAUUUAUGGAAAGAGUGCCAGCCAACUGUGGGUCUAUCUGGGCAGGCAUGAUCGCAACGAGAAUCCUGAGAACGGAGCCUCCCUGGUCAGCGUAAGCAGCGUGCUGACUCCGUCCGCCUACGAGGGCAAUCCGGUUCCGGAUGCGGACGUGGGCCUGCUGGUGCUGACCUCUCCGAUGGUGUACACCAAGUACAUUCGACCCCUCUGCCUUUGGAGCUCCAAUAUGGGCGUGUCACCAAAUGAGGGCGAAUCGGGCGCAGUAGCCGGAUGGGGCUUCGAUAGGAGUGCCCAGAAGACGCGUUUUCCCAAGACAGUGAGUGUUCAGUUGGUGCCACGGGAUCAGUGUCUCAAGGAGAUGAAGCGGGCGGAGGACUUUAUCACGCGGCGCACCGUCUGUGCUGGCAAUUCAGAAUCACAUGGUCCUUGCUUCGGCGACUCGGGAUCUGCUCUGAUCGUCCUGCGGAACAAUCGAUGGCACGUUCGCGGAGUGGUAUCCUUAUCGCCUCGCCAGGGUGAUAUAUGCGACCUUAGCAAGUAUGUUAUCUAUUGCGAUGUGGCAAAGCACAUCGACUGGGUACGUCAAAAUAUGGUCAUGUGAGGCGCUGAAAUAAUUAUAAUGUGACAAUACAGGAAAACCUAGAAAUUCAUGUGCAAGAUUCUCAAUAAAUCUCUGAGUAGCUUAAUAUAUUACCUUUUCCAAGCUGGUGGAUUUCCCAAGCAUGCAUUGCUGCCAUCUAUCUUAGAAUAUACUUAACUUAGCGCUAAUAUCAACCCCUUUCCUCAAGACUAGAGUAUCGAUGUUUAUAAUCGUUGAUUACAAAUUUCCCAAAGAGGGAAUUCUAUUAGAUCAAGUGAGAGCUCAUCAGAGAGUAACAUGUGGGAGACUUCCUCUAAUUGAGCUAACAACAACUAUAAACAAACUAAGCUUUGAUAAUAAUACUUUAGACUCAAGAGCAAGAAAAUCGUUUGUGAGCAACAGCAGGUUUUAUAACUCAGUAACUGAAAUGUCUUCUUAUCAGUAAAGAGAAAGAUCAUUUUUCUUUUUCUCUAACUUUAAAUUUAUUAAUUAUAAGUUUAACCCUAUCCAUAUUGAAAGCGGCAAUUCGAUAUAUAAUCGUUAGCUUUCAAUUAAAUUGAUCAUAAUACAUAAUCUCGUUGAAUUUAA